AUGAGGCUAAAUAUUUAUAGUGCAUUUUUUUUUUUAUUUUUACUUUUGUCCUGCCCUUCUAAUAGCAUGAAUAACAAGAUGGAAGAAAAGCGAAAAAUAAGGAAUGAGCCAAGUGCUGUAACAAUAGAAAUUCUUCCACCUGAUGAUGACAAUGAUACUUUUGAGCUAAAUGAUUACUUAUUAUAUGAGUUUCUAGAUAACAACAAUAAUAAUGAUAAUAAUAGUGAUAAUAAUAAUGAUAAUAUUAAUAGUAAUAAUAUUAAUAGUAAUAAUAUUAAUAGUAAUAAUAUUAAUAGUAAUAAUAUUAAUAGUAAUGUGUAA